AUAAUUUUGUCCUUUUCUUCACCGCUAUUAACACCUUAGCUUCCAUUGCUUUUGAUAUGUUCCUGAUCGUCUCUCUGUUGGUUUGUUGUUGAGAGGGAGAGGUACUAUCGAGAAAGAUCAAUGGCGGAUUGGGGUCCGGUUUUUGUAGCGGUGAUGUUGUUCGUUCUGCUAACUCCGGGCUUGUUGGUUCAGAUGCCUGGGAAGAGUCGGUUCGUUGAAUUUGGGAAUUUUCAGACGAGUGGAGUCUCCAUUUUGGUUCAUUCAAUUCUCUAUUUUGCAUUGAUCUGUAUCUUCUUGUUGGCUGUUCGUGUUCAUGUUUAUAACGGUAUCUCUGAAACUAUGUCGGAUUGGGCACCGGUGGUCAUCGGAGUUGUACUCUUCGUACUGCUUUCUCCUGGCCUUCUGUUUCAGUUUCCGGGUAAUAAUCGCCAGUUUGAGUUUGGGAGCAUGAAGACCAAUGGAAAAGCUGUUGCUAUACACACUCUCAUCUUCUUCGUCCUCUAUGCUGUCUUCAUUCUCGCUCUCCAUAUCCACAUCUACACUGGCUGAUCCGGUAAUCUCUUCUUCUUGUUUCUCUUUUCUUUUCCUUCCAGAUUCUUACCAACUGAAGCUGCUGAUGUGUCUGCUGCCUUGUGUGUUGUAUUUAUUUUUGAAGAGGAUCUUGUUUGAUCUGUCUGUAUUUGUUAUUUCUGUAGUCGGAGACUUGGAAGCAUUAAAAGGCAUUUUGUACGUUAAUUUCGUUUUUACAUACGCCUAUUCCUCCAUUGUUAGUGUAGAUCUAAUUAACAUUGGACUCUGUAGCUACUCUUUUCUUAUCGAGAACUUUCUUUUU